AUGCAAAGUGAUUCGGACGAAGGGAGCAGCCCUCUGCCGGUGAGUAGCCACACCACAGCUAGCUCUAACACGAAGGCCCCCCGCCAAAUUAUUCUGAAUGCUCCCAGAGCAGCGUCGGAUGACGAUCUUACUCCUGAGCCCUCAGACAACGGUAUAGAUGAUGCGGAUGGAGAGGAGGAACUGGACAUGGACAGCCGCGAAGCGCAAACCACAGAAGUCCAAGGCCGCAAAGAAAGGUUUGUCGAGCUCCCGUUUACGCUGACCUCAGCUCCGUCGCACUUCCCCUCCAAGAGGCCCUCCUCAGACUCAUCUGAUGAGGAUUAUGCGACCAAGUCGCACAAGAAGAAGUUCUUUGAGCGUUCAGGCGGCAAUUCGCGCGGAACAUCGACUCCGGACACUGCCUUUGAUUCUGAUGGUGCCUCGUGGCGACGAGGUGCCGCCCGCAAGGUCGUGACCUACAACGAAGCGAGCGUCGAUUACGGUCUUGACAGCGAGGGCGAUGACGAUGUCAUGUACUACCAGCAAGAGGCACGCAUCGUCGCGAUGAGGAGCACGCUAAGGACGAAAAGGACAUUCCUCAAACGAACCUCAUUCAAGAAGGUUGAGAAUUACAUCCAGAAGGUGUGGCAGGUCGAGCAGGCUUUCCACAACCCUGCCCCCGACGCCAAAUGGAAGCCUUCGCGUGAAGAUUUGGAGCAAUACGAAAUUGAGAGAGAACGUAUCCGAGACCUUCAUGAGAGCUACAAGCAGGUCGAGCGCGUUGUUGGCGAAAAGGAGGAAGAGCGAGAUGGCCAGUCUGUGACUUUGUUCCUCUGCAAAUGGACCACGUACGACGAGAUCAAGGACCAAGCGCAAGACGCCAUCCAGGCUUACCAUGAGAGGAUGGCGCGACCGACGGUUCCGGCGAAAACUCAGUUCUACCCGAUCCACAAUCGUCCGACAUAUCAGAAGAUUGCCGAGGACCCAGAGUAUCUCAAGUGUGGUGGCGCUCUGAAGCCAUUCCAGCUCACUGGUCUCAACUGGCUCGCGUAUCUUUGGUGCAAAGGUGGUCACGGAGGUAUGCUGGCGGAUGAAAUGGGACUUGGCAAAACUGUUCAGUCAGUCAGCUUCCUUUCGUAUCUGUUCCACACGCAGAAGCAAUACGGCCCGUUCCUCGUCGUUGUUCCUCUGUCAACCAUCAACGCCUGGCAAAUGCAGUUCCGCACUUGGGCACCGGACCUCAACGUCAUCAUGUACAUGGGCUCAGCUGCCUCGCGUGAGAUGAUCCGCCAGACCGAGUUUGGCCCCUUGAAGAACCUCAAGUUCAAUGUUCUCCUCACUACCUACGAGUUUAUCCUCAAGGACCGCCAAGAACUCCAGCAGAUCAAGUGGCAAGCCCUCGAAGUCGAUGAGGCCCAUCGUUUGAAGAAUAGCGACUCCCAGUUGUAUGAAGCGCUGCAGAGCUUCUCCACCGGCUUCCGCCUCCUCAUCACCGGUACACCGCUGCAGAAUAACGUCAAGGGUGAGUGGAAAAUUGUCAUUACGCUGACUUUAGAACUGCUCAGCCUUCUUCACUUUAUUGAACCCGAGCAAUUCCAGUUGGCCAACGACUUUGAGCUGGGCGAUACCGAGCAGGAGGCCAAGAUCAAGGCUCUUCACUCGCAGUUGGAGACGUUGAUGCUUCGUCGUCUCAAGAAGGACGUUGUGAAGGAGCUUCCCACCAAGUCGGAAUCCAUUUUGCGAGUGGAGAUGUCUGGUCUGCAACAGCACUAUUACAAGAACAUCCUCACGAAGAAUUUCGCCGUUCUUAGCAAGGGUGGUACGCAGAGUGUGUCCCUCAUGAACGUCGCUAUGGAACUCAAGAAAGCGGCCAACCAUCCCUAUCUGUUCGACGGCGCCGAGGACCGCAGCAAGCCGGUGCAUGAACAGGUCCGUGGACUGGUCAUGAACAGCGGGAAAAUGGUCUUGCUCGACAAGCUUUUGCAAAGGCUCAAGGCGGACGGCCACCGCGUCCUUAUCUUCAGCCAAAUGGUUCGUUUGUUGGACAUCAUCUCGGAUUACAUGUCUGCCAGGAAUUACACCCAUCAACGCCUCGAUGGUACGGUUCCCAGCGAUGUGCGAAAGAAGAGUAUUGAGCAUUUCAAUGCGCCUGGAUCACCCGACUUUGCCUUUCUUCUGUCGACCCGAGCUGGAGGUCUCGGCAUCAACCUCGAGACAGCAGACACUGUCAUCAUUUUCGACGCCAUGGCUCGUGCGCAUCGAAUCGGUCAAACCAGGCAUGUCAACAUUUACCGUUUCGUAACGAAGGGCACAAUUGAAGAGGACAUCCUGGAGCGUGCGAAGCGCAAGAUGAUUUUGGAGUAUGCCAGUGACGGUGGCCACAUCAACGGAACGUCGACCCCUAAAGACAAGAACGGGGAUUUCUCAAAAGAGGAGCUGGCGGCUAUCCUCAAGUUUGGUGCCAAGUCCAUGUUCCAGGCGGACGAGAAUGCCCAAAACCAAAAGCUCGAUGCCAUGGACUUGGACGACAUUCUCAACAAGGCCGACAACUUCGACACAGAAGCUGCUGCUGCGCCUGGAGGAACUUCUUCCGGAGGCGAGGCUUUCCUGGCCCAAUUUGCGGCUAUUCAGGAUGUCAAGAAUGACGCCGACGAUCUGAGUUGGGACGAUAUCAUUCCCGUCGAAGAACGUGUCAAGCUUGACGAGGAGGAGAGCCGCGCCUUGCAGGAAGGAGAAGUGGGCCCCCGCAAGCGAGCGGCUGCUCGCGCUCCGGGAGCUUACGAGGGCAUGGACGAGGCCGACGGUGAACCGGCUGGGAGCAAGGCUGCUUCUCCCGCCGAGAAGAAGCAAAAGGUCGCCGGACCCCGCAAGAGCAACGCGCAACGAGCAAUCGAGCUUAAAGAGGCCAAGCUCACAUCCAAGAACCGUGUCGUCGUCAUCCAAACGUGCGACGACGUUCUCACCCAGGCAGAGGAAGCUGUCACCAACCACAAAAAUGAGCUGCGCGCGAUGCAGGAGCGCGGCGAAACUAUAUCUUCGUCUUUGCGACAGAAAGCCAUUCUCUUCACAUUCCGUGGUAUCCAGGGCAUCAACGCCGAGACGGUAGUCGCUCGCUACUAUGAGUUGAAGGCUCUAGUAGAGCACUUCAAGCGCGUGGAGGACAUCGAGAACUAUGCCAUCCCUCACGACAACCUCAAACCCACCAUGAACUGGUCGGUGGAAUGGGGGCCGAAGGACGACUCCAAAUUGCUUAUCGGCAUCUGGAAGUAUGGCUUUGGUGCUUGGGAACAGAUCAAGAAUCUGCACGACAAGAUCUUCCUCGAGGACCCCAAGGUUGUCAAGGACCCCAAUGCGCCUAAAGCUGGAAUUCCGGGUCCGAUCCACCUCGUCCGCCGUGGCGACUACCUGUGUGGACUUGUUCGCGAAUAUGAAGAGAACCGGCGCAUGCUGAUCGAGCAACAAGCGGUCAUUGCAAGCAUGCCUGUCAAGGAGGGCUUUGGUUACGACCAUCCCCCAUUGCCCUUCAGUGUAAGCGCCAAAGCUAGUAGUAGCUCUCGAGGAGAUAAGGGCAAGAGGCGGAAGACGCCCGAGUAUACCGAUUCGGAGGAUGAAGAAAGUUACGAGUCGAUGGACGAGGAUGCUGUCAAGGAGUUGCUGCGACCAGCGAAGCGACACCUCCUCAAGUCUGGUACCGACAACCUCAGUCGUGAGGAGAAGAUUGCAGCCCUCAAGGAAUGCGUCGCUGGCAUCGGAUCACGCAUCGAAGAGAUUGUCGCGGAGAAGGCUGCUGAAGGGGCGGAUUCUGCCAAAUGGAGGAAGCACUGUUGGGUGUUUGCUUCGUUUUUCUGGCCCCGGCAAGGUGUGAACUACUCUAAGCUCAUGGACAUCCACUCGAAACUGGAUUCAAGCCCCGUGCAGAAGAAGCCGAAGACAAAGCGUAAGGGAGGAGACACCGACAACAUUGUAAAGAAGCGCGUCAAGACGGAGGCUGAGUAG